AUGGAGGUGAAGAACUUCGCAGUUUGGGAUUAUGUCGUAUUUGCAGCCCUCUUUGUUAUUUCCUCUGGAAUUGGGGUGUUCUUUGCUAUCAAGGAGAGGAAAAAGGCAACUUCAAGGGAGUUUCUGGUUGGGGGAAGGCAAAUGAGCUUUGGUCCUGUAGCAUUGUCUCUGACAGCCAGCUUCAUGUCAGCUGUCACGGUCCUGGGGACACCCUCCGAGGUUUACCGCUUUGGGGCAUCGUUUGUGCUCUUCUUCAUUUCAUAUGCAUUCGUCAUCAUCCUCACAUCAGAGCUCUUUCUCCCUGUGUUCUACAGAUCUGGCAUCACCAGCACAUAUGAGUACUUACAACUGCGGUUCAAUAAACCAGUACGCUACGCAGCCACUGUCAUCUACAUCGUGCAGACGAUUCUCUACACAGGAGUGGUGGUGUAUGCUCCUGCCCUUGCGCUCAAUCAAGUGACUGGGUUUGAUCUCUGGGGCUCUGUGUUUGCAACAGGAAUUGUUUGCACUUUCUACUGUACCCUGGGAGGAUUAAAAGCAGUGGUGUGGACAGAUGCAUUUCAGAUGGUUGUCAUGAUUGUGGGAUUCUUAACGGUCCUCAUUCAAGGAUCAGCUCACGCUGGUGGAUUACACAAUGUAAUAGAGCAAUCAACAAAUGGAUCUCGACUACAUAUACUUGACUUUGAUGUGGACCCUCUCAGGCGGCACACUUUUUGGACAAUCUCAGUGGGAGGAACUUUUACAUGGCUCGGGAUCUAUGGAGUUAAUCAGUCGACCAUACAGCGAUGCAUCUCUUGCAAAACAGAAAAACAUGCAAAAUUAGCCUUAUAUUUUAACUUGUUGGGUCUCUGGAUCAUUCUGGUAUGUGCUGUCUUCUCUGGCUUAAUCAUGUACUCCCACUUCAAAGACUGUGACCCUUGGACUUCUGGCAUUAUCUCAGCUCCAGAUCAGCUGAUGCCAUACUUUGUCAUGGAGAUAUUUUUCACAAUGCCAGGACUGCCUGGACUCUUUGUGGCUUGUGCCUUCAGCGGAACUCUGAGCACUGUGGCUGCAAGCAUCAAUGCCUUAGCAACAGUGACCUUUGAGGAUUUUGUCAAGAGCUGUUUUCCCCAUCUCUCCGACAAGCUGAGCACGUGGAUCAGUAAAGGCUUAUGUCUCUUGUUUGGCGUGAUGUGUACCUCCAUGGCUGUGGCUGCAUCUCUCAUGGGAGGUGUCGUGCAGGCUGCCCUCAGCAUCCACGGCAUGUGCGGGGGCCCAAUGCUGGGCCUGUUCUCUCUGGGAAUCCUGUUCCCUUUUGUGAACUGGAAGGGUGCACUGGGUGGCCUUCUGACUGGAAUCACCUUGUCAUUUUGGGUGGCCAUUGGGGCCUUCAUCUACCCUGCCCCAGCAUCCAAGACAUGGCCCUUGCCUUUAUCAACAGACCAGUGUAUCCCAUCAAAUGUGACAGAAUCACCACCUACAGAGCUAUCCAGCAGACCUGCAAUCGCUGACACCUGGUAUUCGCUCUCCUACCUUUACUACAGUGCAGUGGGCUGCCUAGGAUGCAUUGCUGCUGGGAUAAUCAUCAGCUUCAUAACAGGUUUCCAACGUAGCAAGGAUAUUCAACCACUGCUAAUUAGACCUGUUUGCAAUUUAUGUUGCUUUUGGUCUAAGAAAUACAAAAGACUGUGCUGGUGUGGUGUGCAGCAUGAUAGUGGGACUGAGCAGGAAAACCUUGAGAAUGGCAGUUCCUGGAAACAAGGGGCUGAAUCUGUCUUACAGAAUGGACUCAGGCAAGAAAACCUGGUCCACAUUCCAGGCCAUGAUCCCAAGGACAAAAGCUAUGACAAUAUGGCAUUAGAGAAGAUUACUCAUUUCUAA